CCCCCUCUGGUGCCACAGCCAUGGUGGCUGGGAUGCUGAUGCCCUUGGAGCAGCUGCGCGCCAUCUAUGAGCUGCUCUUCCGCGAUGGAGUCAUGGUGGCGCAAAAGGACCGGCGCCCCCACAGCUACCAUCCGCAGCUGCCAGGGAUCACCCACCUGCAAGUCCAGCGGGCCCUGGGCUCCCUGCAGGCUCGUGGCCUGGUCCGCGAAAACUUUGCCUGGCGACAUUGCUACUGGUACCUGACGGAUGAGGGCAUUGCGCACCUGCGCCAGUACUUGCGCUUGCCCCCAGAGAUUGUGCCCGCCACCCUGCAGCGUGUCCGCCGCCCCAUGGCCAUGGCGAGGCCUGCCUCACGCCCACCUCGUGUGCAAACUGUGCCAGGCCCGCUUGCCUGCCCAGCCAAGCCACAGGAGGCCUCGCGACAGGUCUAUCGCCGGAAAGAGGAUUCGUCACUCACUGCUGGGCACCUGGAGCCAGUCGCCGCCAGGGUGGUGCCACGGGUGGCAUCUGAUGCGAAUCCUGCUGAAGACGAACGAGACCGGGUCCAGAAGAAAACCUUCACCAAAUGGGUCAACAAGCACCUCAUCAAGCACUGGCGAUCAGAGGCCCACCGUCAUGUGAACGACCUCUACGAAGACCUCCGUGAUGGACACAAUCUCAUCUCUCUCCUGGAGGUGCUCUCGGGAGACACCCUGCCCAGAGAACGCGACGUGAUCCGGAACUUGCGGUUGCCCCGUGAGAAGGGCCGGAUGCGCUUCCACAAGCUGCAGAAUGUGCAAAUCGCCUUGGAUUACUUGAAGCACCGGCAGGUGAAGCUGGUCAACAUCCGGAACGAUGACAUUGCUGACGGCAACCCCAAGCUGACGCUGGGCCUCAUCUGGACCAUCAUCCUCCAUUUCCAGAUCUCGGACAUCCAGGUGAGCGGGCAGUCGGAGGACAUGACCGCCAAAGAGAAGCUCCUCCUCUGGUCCCAGCGGAUGGUCGAGGGCUACCAGGGCUUGCGCUGCGACAACUUCACCACCAACUGGCGCGACGGGCGGCUCUUCAAUGCCAUCAUCCACCGGCACAAGCCAGUGCUGAUUGACAUGAACAAAGUCUACCGGCAGACCAACGUGGAGAACCUGGAGCAAGCCUUCACUGUGGCUGAGCACGACUUGGGGGUGACGCGGCUCCUGGACCCUGAAGAUGUCGACGUGCCUCAGCCUGAUGAGAAGUCCAUCAUCACAUACGUCUCCUCUCUCUACGACGCCAUGCCCCGGGUGCCUGACGUGCAGGACGGCAUCAAGGCCAAUGAGCUGCAGCUGCGCUGGCAGGAGUAUUGUGAGGUGGUGGCUCUGCUUCUGCAAUGGAUCCGGCACCACACGGUGGUCUUUGAGGAGCGGAAGUUCCCUGGCAGCUAUGAGGAGAUUGAGAUCCUCUGGCGCCAGUUCCUGAAGUUCAAGGAGACAGAGCUGCCCGCCAAGGAGGCCGACAAGAACCGCUCGAAGGCCAUCUUCCAGACCCUGGAGGCUGCGGUGCAGUCUGGGCAGCUGAAGGUGCCCCCCGGCUACCACCCGCUGGACGUGGAGAAGGAGUGGGGCAAACUGCAUGUUGCCAUCCUGGAACGGGAGAAGCUUCUGCGCUCCGAGUUUGAGAGGUUGGAGCGGCUGCAGCGCAUUGUCAGCAAACUCCAGAUGGAGUCGGGUCUCUGUGAGGAGCAGCUCAACCAGGCGGACGCCCUCUUGCAGUCGGACAUCCGGUUGCUGAAUGCAGGCAAGACGCCUCAGAAGUCGGCUGAGAUUGAGCGGGACCUGGACAAGGCUGAUGCCAUGAUCCGUUUACUCUUCAAUGACGUGCAAGCGCUCAAGGAUGGGCGCCACCCGCAAGGGGAGCAGAUGUACCGCAGGGUUUACCGCUUGCACGAACGCCUCGUGGCCAUCCGCACAGAAUACAACCUGCGCCUGAAGUCAGGGCCUCCCAUCACCCCAGUAACCAUUCCUGUCACCCAGCGCCCAUGGCAGGAGCUGGAUGAUGUCACGCUGCGCUACCUACAGGAUCUGCUGGCCUGGGUGGAAGACAACCAGCGCCGCAUCAGUGUGGCGGAGUGGGGCGUGGACCUGCCCACCGUGGAGUCGCAGCUGGGCAGCCACCGUGGCCUGCACCAGUCCAUCGAGGAGUUCCGUGCCAAAAUCGAGAGAGCUCGCAAGGACGAGGCCCAGCUCUCCCCUGGCCCACGGGGUGCCUAUCGGGACUGCCUGAACAAGCUGGACUUGCAGUAUGCCAAGCUGCUGAACUCCUCCAAGGCCCGGCUGCGGCACCUGGAGAGCCUCCAGGCUUUUGUGGCUGCUGCCACCAAGGAGCUCAUGUGGCUGAACGAGAAGGAGGAGGAGGAGGUCAGCUACGACUGGAGUGAACGCAACAGCAACAUGGCCGCCAAGAAGGAGAGCUACUCCGGCUUGAUGCGGGAACUGGAACAGCGAGAGAGGAAGAUGAAGGAGAUCCAGAGCACAGGCGACCGCCUCCUGCGGGAAGAGCACCCGGGCAAGCAGACUGUGGAGGCCUUCCAGGGCGCUCUCCAGACCGAGUGGAGUUGGAUGCUCCAGCUCUGUUGCUGUGUUGAGGCCCACCUGAAGGAGAACACUGCUUACUUCCAGUUCUUUGCUGAUGUGAAGGAGGCAGAGGAAUUUCUGCGCAAGGCCCAGGAGACCAUGAGGAAGAAGUUUGUCUGCGAUCGCUCCGUCACGGUGACCCGCCUAGAGGACUUGCUGCAAGAUUCCCUGGAGGAGAAGGAGCACCUUGCGGAGUACCAGGGGCACCUGGCUGGGCUGGCUAAGCGCGCCAAGGCCAUCGUCCAGCUGAAGCCACGGAGCCCAACCACGGCUGUCAAGGGCCGGCUGCCCCUCCAGGCAGUCUGUGACUACAAGCAGAUGGAGAUCACGGUGCAUAAGGGAGAUUCCUGCACCCUCCUCAACAAUGCCCAGCCCUACAAGUGGAAGGUGCUGAAUGCCGCCGGGAGCGAGUCCGUGGUGCCGUCCAUCUGCUUCCUGGUGCCCCCACCCAACAAGGAAGCUCUGGAGGCUGUCGGCAGGCUGGAGGCCACCCACCAGCACCUUCUGACCCUCUGGCAGCAGCUGCACAUCGACAUGAAGAGCCUGCUGUCCUGGCAGUGCCUGCAGCGGGACAUUCAGCAGAUUCAGUCGUGGUCACUCCUCAUUUUCCGGACGAUGCCCCCUGAGGAUUACCGGCAGACGCUGCGGAGCCUGGAGAUCCACUACCAGGAGUUCCUGCGCAACAGCCAGGACUCCCAGAACUUCCUGCCAGAUGACCGGCUGCAUGUGGAGCGCGAGUACACGGUCUGCACCCAGAAGUAUGAGUUGCUCCUGCGUGGCCUGGAGAAAGGGGAGCAAGAGGAGUCCCUGUGCAGAAACUUCAUCUCCCAGCUGAAGGACAUCCGCCUGCAGUUAGAGGGCUGCGAGUCCCGCACCAUCCACAAAAUCCGCUCCCCGCUUGAUAAAGACCCUGCCAAAGAGUGCGCCCAGCGCAUCAGCGACCAGCAGCAAAUCCACCUGGAACUGGAGGGCAUCAAGAAGAACUUGGGCAAAGUGAGUGCCAAGACAGAGCAGGUGUUGGCCCAACCGGAACAGGCUGGCUCGGCCCCCACGCUGCACUCUGAGCUGGACAUCACCCUGCAGAAGAUGGACCAGGUGUACAGCCUCUCUAGUAUCUACCUGGAGAAGCUGAAGACCAUCAACCUGGUGAUCCGUAGCACGCAAGGAGCUGAGGAGCUGGUCCGGAAGUAUGAGGAGCAGCUGAAGGAUGUGCAGGCGGUGCCCUCUGACCUCAAGGCCCUGGAGGCGACCAAGGCGGAGCUGAAGAGGUUGCGUGGGCAGGUGGAAGGGCACCAGCCCGUCUUCAGCACCCUGGAGGUGGACCUGGGCAAGGCCAAUGAGGUGAACGAGCGGAUGGUGAGGGGUCACAGCGAGAGGGACCUGGACCUGGACCGGUACCGUGAGCGUGUGCAGCAGCUCUUGGAGCGUUGGCAGGCCAUCCUGGCCCAGAUUGACCUGCGGCAGCGGGAGCUGGACCAGCUUGGGCGCCAGCUGCGCUACUACCGCGAGAGCUACGGCGGGCUCAUCCAGUGGAUCCAGGAUGCCAGGCAGCGCCAGGAGAGCCUCCAGGCUGUGCCCAUCACCAGCAGCAAGAAUGUGCGUGAGCAGCUGCUGCAAGAGAAGAAACUCCUGGAGGAAUGUGAGCGCAACCGGGAGAAGGUGGAAGAAUGCCAGCAAUUUGCCAAGCAAUACAUUGAUGCCAUCAAGGACUAUGAGCUUCAGCUGGUGACUUACAAGGCGCAGGUGGAGCCAGUGGCUUCUCCAGCCAAGAAGCCUAAAGUUCAGUCUGCCUCUGACAGCAUCAUCCAGGAGUACGUGGACUUGCGGACUCGGUACAGUGAGCUGACCACGCUGACCAGUCAGUACAUCAAGUUCAUUACUGAGACACUUCGACGGUUGGAGGAAGAGGAGAAAGCUGCAGAGAAACUGAAGGAGGAGGAGCGGAAGCGCUUGGCUGAGGUGGAGGCCCAGCUGGAGAAGCAGAAGCAGUUGGCUGAGGCCCACGCCAAGGCCAAGGCCCAGGCCGAGAAGGAGGCGCAGGAGCUGCAGGAGCGCAUGCAGGAGGAGGUCAGCAAGCGGCAGCUGGCGGCUGUGGACGCCGUGCAGCAGAAGCAGAACAUCCAGCAGGAGCUGACCCAAAUGAAGCUCAGCUCGGACAUGCAGAUCCAGUCCAAGCUGAAGCUGAUCGAGGAGGCCGAAAUCAGCCGCAGGAAAGUGGAGGAGGAGAUCCACGUGGUCCGCCUGCAGCUGGCCGCCACAGAGAAGCAGAAGGCAAGCGCCGAGGGCGAGCUGCAGGCUCUCCGGGCCCGGGCCGAGGAGGCCGAGCGCCAGAAGAAGCUCGCCCAGGAGGAGGCCGAGCGCCUGCGCAAACAGGUCAAGGACGAGACGCAGAAGAAGAGGGAGGCAGAGGAGGAGCUGAAGCGCAAAGUGCAGGCUGAACAGCAAGCUGCCCGGGAGAAGCAGGCGGCCCUGGAAGACCUGCAGCAGCUGCGCAUGCAGGCGGAGGAAGCCGAGCGCAGGAUGAAGCAGGCUGAGCUGGAGAAGGAGCGGCAGGUCCAGGUUGCCCAGGAGGUGGCCCAGAAGAGCGCCCAGGCGGACCUGCAGAGCCGGCGCCUCUCUUUUGCCGAGAAGACGGCCCAUCUGGAGAUGACCCUGCAGCAGGAGCACAUCACCGUCACCCACUUGCAGGAGGAGGCCGAGAGGCUGAAAAAGCAGCAGCUGGAGGCCGAGCAGUCCAGGGAGGAGGCAGCGGAGGAGGUGGAGAAGUGGCGCCAGAAGGCCAACGAGGCCCUGCGGCUGCGGCUGCAGGCUGAGGAGGUGGCCCACCAGAAGACCCUGGCGCAGGAGGAAGCUGAGAAGCAGAAGGAGGAUGCUGAGCGGGAGGCCAGGAAGCGGGCCAAGGCCGAGGAGGCUGCCCUGCGCCAGAAGGAGCUGGCGGAGGAGGAGCUGGAGAAGCAGCGGAAGCUGGCCGAGGGCACCGCUCAGCAGAGGUUCCUGGCCGAGCAACAGCUGAUCCACCUGAAGGCCGAGGUGGAGAAUGGGGAGCAGCACCGCCAGCUGCUGGAGGGGGAGCUCUACCGCCUGAAGAACGCUGUGAGCACGGCUACCCAGAAGCAGAAGGAGCUGGAGGAGGAGCUGGCCAAGCUGCGGGCGGAGAUGGAGCUGCUCCUGCAGAGCAAGGCCAAGACUGAGGAGGAGUACCGCUCCACCAGUGAGAAGUCCAAGCAGAGGCUGGAGGCCGAAGCCCAGAAGCUGCGGGAGCUGGCCGAAGAGGCGGCUCGGCUGCGGGCCCUCUCGGAGGAGACCAAGCGCCAGCGGCAGCUGGCCGAGGAAGAGGCUGGCCGGCAGCGGGCAGAGGCCGAGAGGAUCCUCAAGGAGAAGCUAGCAGCCAUCAAUGAAGCCUCGCGGCUGAAGGCCGAAGCCGAGAUUGUCCUGAAGGAGAAGGAGGCAGAGAACGAGCGGCUGCGGCGGCUGGCGGAGGAUGCAGCCUACCAGCGGAGGCUGCUGGAGGAGCAGGCCGCUCAGCACAAGCAGGACAUCGAGGAGAAGAUUGCCCAGCUGAAGAAGUCCUCUGAGGGCGAGCUGGAGCGGCAAAAGGGCAUCGUGGACGAGACCCUGAAGCAGCGGCGUGUCGUUGAAGAAGAGAUCCGCAUCCUCAAGAUCAACUUUGAGAAAGCUUCUGUCGGGAGGACGGAGCUGGAGCUGGAGCUGAGUAAGAUCAAGCAGAGCGCUGAGGAGAUCCAACAAAGCAAGGAGCAGGCUGAGCAGGAGGCCGAGAGGCUGCGGCAGCUGGCCUUGGAGGAGGAGAACCGCCGCAGGGAGGCCGAAACAAAGGUCAGGAAGAUCCUGGUGGCGGAGCAGGAAGCGGCCCGCCAGCGCAAAGCGGCCCUGGAGGAGGUGGAGCGCUUGAAAGCCAAGGUGGAGGAGGCCAAGAGGCAGAAGGAGCUGGCCGAGAACGAGUCAGAGCGGCAGAUCCAGCUGGCCCAGGAGGCCGCCCAGAAGAGGAUUGCGGCGGAAGAGAAGGCCCACUUGGCCACGGUGCAGCAGAAGGAGCAGGAGCUGCUGCAGACCAGGCAGCAGGAGCAGAGCAUCCUGGACAGGUUGAAGGAGGAGGCCCUGAAGGCCAAGAAGGCCGCCGAGGAAGCAGAGCGGGCGCGGGUCAAGGCAGAGCAGGAGGCCUCCUUGUCCCGGCAGCUGGUGGAAGAAGCAGAGCACAUGAAGCAGCGGGCCGAGGAGGAGGCCCACGCCAAAGCCAAGGCGCAGGAGGAUGCGGAGGAGCUCCGGAAAGAGGCUGAGCUGGAGGCGGCCAAGAGGGCCCAGGCCGAACAGGUGGCCCUCAGGCAGAAGCAGCUGGCCGACACCGAGAUGGAGAAGCACAAGAAGUUUGCUGAGCAGACUCUGUGGCAAAAGGCCCAGGUGGAGCAGGAGCUGACCAAGGUCAAGCUGCAGCUGGAGGAGACGGACCACCAGAAGAGCAUCUUGGACGAGGAGCAGCAGCGGCUGAAGGACGAGGUGACCGAAGCCAUGAAGCAGAAGACUCAGGCCGAGGCGGAGCUGUUCAAAGUGAAGAUCCAGAUGGAGGAGCUGAUCAAGCUGAAGCUGCGCAUUGAGGAGGAGAACAAGAUGCUCAUCCUGAAGGACAAGGACAACACGCAGAAGUUCCUGGCAGAAGAGGCGGAGAAGAUGAAGCAGGUGGCGGAGGAGGCCGCUCGGCUGAGCGUGGAGGCACAGGAGGCGGCGCGCAUGCGGAAACUGGCAGAGGAAGACCUGGCUCAGCAGCGGGCGCUGGCAGAGAAGAUCUUGAAGGAGAAGAUGCAAGCCGUGCAGGAAGCCACGCGCCUGAAGGCGGAGGCGGAGCUGCUGCAGAAGCAGAAGGAGCUGGCUCAGGAGCAGGCCAAGAAGCUUCAGGAGGACAAGGACCAGAUGCAGAUGCAACUCGCAGAGGAGGCCGAGGGCUUCCAAAAAACCCUGGAGGCAGAGCGCAAGCGGCAGCUGGAGAUCACUGUGGAUGCUGAGCGCCUCAAGGUACAAGUGAUCGAGCUGAGCCUGGCUCAGGCGAAGGCCGAAGACGAAGCCAAGCGGUUCAAGAAGCAGGCAGAGGAGAUCAGCAGAAAGGUGCACCAGAUGGAGCUGGCCACCCAGGAGAAGAUGACGCUGGUCCAGACGCUGGAGAUCCAGAGGCAGCAGAGCGACCAGGAUGCAGAGAAGCUGAGGAGAGCCAUCGCUGAGCUGGAGCAGGAGAAGGAGAAGCUGAAGCGGGAGGCAGGACUGCUGCAGCAGAAAGCAGAAGAGAUGCAGAGUGCCCAGAAGGAGCAGCUACGCCAGGAGACGCAGAUGCUCCAGCAGACGUUCCUGUCUGAGAAGGACGCCCUCUUGCAGAAGGAGAGGUUCGUGGAGGAGGAGAAGGCCAAGCUGGAAAGGCUCUUCCAGGACGAGGUCAACAGAGCACAGGGUCUGAAGGCAGAGCAGGACCGUCAGCAGAGGCAGGUGGAGCAGGAGAAGCAGCAGCUGAAAGCCAUCCUGGAGGAGGCCCAGAGGAAGCAGGCGGAAGCGGAGGAGAAUGUCCGCCGGAAGCAGGAGGAGCUCCAGCAACUGGAGCAGCGGCGGCGGCAGCAGGAGAAGCUCCUUGCAGAGGAGAACCAGAAGCUCAGGGACACCCUCGAGCGACUGCAAGAGGAGCAGCGGGCUGCCCUGGCCCAGACCCGGGAGAUCAUGAUCCAAACCGACGAUCUGCCGGAGGAGGCUGCGAUCCCAUCUGCGCAGGUGCCUCAUACGGCAGCGCUGCCCAAUGGCGAAGAUGCGAUCGAUGGCAUCUCUCAAAACGGGGAGCUGGAGUUGGCGUUUGAUGGCAUCCGGCAGAAAGUACCUGCCAAGAAGUUGGUUGAGGCUGGGAUCCUGAGCCGAGAGAGUCUGGAGAAUCUGACGAAAGGAAAGGUGUCCGUGCAGGAGCUCUCCCAGAGGGAAGACAUCAGGCGGUAUCUGCAAGGCACAAGCGGCAUUGCUGGCCUCCUGGUUAAGCCAACCAAUGAGAAGAUAAGCAUCUAUAAGGCCAUGAAGCAACAGCGGCUAAGCCCAGGCACAGCACUGGUCCUGCUGGAGGCGCAGGCUGCCUCUGGCUUCAUCAUAGACCCUGUGAGGAGCAAGAGAAUGUCUGUCGAUGAGGCAGUGAAAGAAGGAGUGAUUGGGCCUGAAUUGCAUAGUAAAUUGCUGUCUGCGGAGAGGGCGGUGACUGGUUAUAAAGACCCCUACACUGGGGAAAAGAUCUCCCUCUUCCAAGCCAUGACAAAAGAUCUCAUUGUUAAGGACCAUGGCGUUCGGCUCCUGGAGGCUCAGAUUGCUACAGGGGGCGUCAUUGACCCUGUUAAUAGCCACCGCCUGCCUGUGGAAGUGGCCUACAAACGGGGCUACUUUGAUGAAGAGAUGCAGCAGAUCCUCUCUGACCCCACUGAUGACACCAAGGGCUUCUUUGACCCCAACACCCAGGAGAACCUGACUUACCUGCAGCUUAUGGAGAGAUGUGUGACCGACCCCGAGACGGGCCUGUCCUUCCUGCCACUGACAGACAAAGCAGCCAGAGGAAGAGAGCUGGUCUACACAGAUCAAGAGGCUAAGGAUGUAUUCAAGAAAGCCACGGUGUCCGCUCCCUUUGGCAAAUUUAAGGGGAAGACAGUGACCAUCUGGGAAAUCAUCAACUCUGAGUAUUUCACUGAGGAGCAGCGGCGAGACCUUCUGUGCCAGUAUAAGACUGGGAAGAUCACUGUAGAGAAAAUCAUCAAGGUCAUCAUCACUGUUGUGGAAGAGAGUGAGAAAAAGAGCCAGCUCUGCUUCGAUGGGCUGCGGGCCCCUGUUCCAGCUGCUGAGCUGCUGGAGAGCAAAGUCAUUGACAAGGAUCUUUACAACCAGCUGCACCAAGGAAAGAAGUCCGUGAAGGAUGUCGCUAGCGAUGAGUCUGUGAAGAAGUACCUGAAAGGCACUAGCGCCGUUGCAGGCAUCUUGGUGGAGUCGACUGGGCAGAAGUUGUUGAUCAAUGAUGCCUUGAAGAAAAACCUCCUGAAGCCGGAGAUAGCGCUGGUGCUGCUGGAGGCCCAGGCUGGGACUGGAUACAUCAUUGACCCAGUGAGGAAUGAAAAGCUCCCUGUGGAUGAAGCUGUCAGAGCUGGAAUUGUCGGGCCUGAACUGCAUGAGAAGCUGCUGUCUGCAGAGAAGGCUGUGGUUGGCUACAAGGAUCCCUACACGGGGCAGGUGGUCUCCCUCUUCCAAGCACUGCAGAAAGGCCUCAUCCCUAAGGAGACUGGGGUCAGGCUGCUGGACGCUCAGCUGGCCACCGGGGGCGUAAUUGACCCUGUGAACAGCCAUCGUCUCCCACUCGACAUUGCCUGUAAGCGGGGCUACUUGAGCGAAGAAAUGAACAAGGCCUUGUCUAUGCCAGCUGAUGAGGCCAAACUGUACUAUGACCCAAAUGCCCAAGAGAAGCUCACCUAUGCUCAGCUGCAGAGGAAAUGCCACGUCGACAAGCAGACGGGCCUUUCCUUGCUGUCCCUCUCUGACCAGGCCAUCCAGCUUCAGCAGGAGGAGAUUUACUCUGAUAGCCAAGCCAAGGAGUCCUUUGACAAGGCAGCAGUCGAAGUCCCAGCUGGCAGCUUAAAGGGCAAGACAUUAACAGUCUGGGAACUGAUUCAUUCGGAAUACUUCACUGAAGAGCAGAGGAGAGAGCUGAUGCGGCAGUACAAAUCUGGCAAGGUCACCAUCGAGAGGGUCAUCAAAAUAAUAAUCACGAUCAUAGAAGAGACGGAGGCCAAGAAGCAAGAAGAGCUGACGUUCAGUGGCUUGCGUGCCCCUGUGCCUGCCAGCGAGUUACUGGAGUCCAAGAUCAUUAGCAAGGCCCAGUAUGAACAACUGAAGGAAGGGAAGAAGUCUGUCAAAGACCUCUCAGAGGUGGGUGCCGUCAAGAAGUACCUGCAGGGCAGCAACUGCAUUGCUGGGGUAUACGUGGAAGGAACCAAGGAGAAGCUGAACAUCUAUGAGGCAAUGAGGAGGAACCUCCUCCUGCCCAGCACAGCCGUUAUCCUCCUGGAGGCCCAGGCAGCCACUGGAUUCAUGGUUGACCCAGUCAGGAACCAGAAGCUAUAUGUCCAUGAAGCCGUGAAGGCAGGCAUUGUGGGACCAGAGCUGCAUGAAAAAUUGCUGUCUGCUGAGAAGGCUGUCACUGGGUACAAAGACCCUUACUCUGAGAAUACCAUCUCUCUCUUUGAGGCCAUGAAGAAGGACCUUAUUGCCAGGAAAGAUGCCAUCCGCCUGCUGGAGGCGCAGGUUGCCACGGGAGGCAUCAUCGAUCCCGUGCAUAGUCACCGCAUCCCCGUGGAUGUGGCUUACAAGCGAGGCUGCUUUGAUGAAGAGAUGAACCAAACCCUCUCAGAUCCCACAGAUGACACCAAGGGCUUCUUUGACCCCAACACCAAGGAGAAUCUAACCUACCUGCAGCUCAAGGAGAGGUGUAUUGAGGAUCCAGAGACUGGCCUCUAUCUCCUGCCCUUGAAGCAGCCUGAGACACCCACAGUAGUAGAGACAACCCAGGUGUACACAGAGGCAGAGACCAAGAAGAUGUUUGAGGAGACCCAGAUUGACAUCCCAGCAGGAGACAUGGUGGGCUCCUCCAUGACCCUGUGGGAGAUCAUGCACUCUGACCUUAUCCCCGAGGAGCAGCGCAAUAGGCUGAUGGAGGAGUUCCGCUCAGGCAAGAUGACGAAGGAGCGCAUGAUCAUCAUCAUCAUUGAGAUUAUAGAAAAAACAGAGAUCAUCCGGCAGCAAGACCUCACCUCCUAUGACUAUGUCCGCCGCCGCAUCACUGCUGAUGACCUCUAUGAGGCCAGGGUCAUCUCCCUGGAAAUAUACAAUGCCCUGAAGCACGGCUCAAAGACCAUCCGCGAAAUCCUAGAGAUAGAGACUAUCUGGAAGUAUCUCUAUGGGGCUGGCUGCGUUGCUGGCAUCUACAUUCCAUCCAGCAAACAGAAGAUCAGCAUCUACCAGGCCCUGAAGAAAGGGCUGAUCAGCCCAGAGGUGGCUCGAUCCUUGCUGGAAGCCCAGGCUGCCACCGGCUUCAUUAUUGAACCCAUCAAAAAUGAAAGGUUAACUGUCGACGAGGCUGUCAGGAAAGGGCUGGUAGGCCCAGAAAUACAUGACCGGCUUUUGUCUGCCGAGAGAGCAGUGACUGGCUACCGUGACCCUUACAGCGAGCAGAAAAUCUCUCUUUUCCAGGCCAUGAAGAAGGAUCUCAUUCCUUCUGAAGAAGCGCUCACAUUGCUAGAUGCCCAGUUGGCCACCGGAGGCAUAAUAGACCCACAUCUAGGCUUCCACCUGCCCUUAGAAGUUGCCUUUCAGCGUGGCUUCUUCAAUAGGGAGACAUACGACAGGCUAUCUGAGCCCAGUGAGGUCCGCAGCUAUGUGGAUCCCUCCACUGAUGAGAAGCUCAGUUAUGCACAGAUCCUCAAGCGAUGCAAGAAGGAUGAGAACACUGGUUGCCUCCUGCUGCCCCUCUCUGACACUCGGAAGCUGACCUUCAGGGGCCUGAGGAAGCAAAUCACAGUUGAAGAGUUGGUACGGUCCAAGGUCAUGGAUGAAGCAACUGCCCAGCGGCUCCAGGAUGGCUUAACUUCUGUUGAAGAAGUCUCUAAAAACCUGCAGAAAUUCUUGGAGGGCACCAGCUGCAUUGCCGGUGUUUAUGUGGACACCACCAAGGAGAGGCUGUCUGUGUACCAGGCCAUGAAGAAAGGCAUCAUCCGCCCUGGCACGGCUUUUGAGUUGCUAGAAGCCCAGGCAGCUACUGGGUAUGUCAUUGACCCCAUCAAGGGCCUCAAGUUGACUGUAGAAGAGGCGGUGCGCAUGGGCAUCGUGGGUCCUGAGUUUAAGGACAAGCUGAUUUCAGCAGAGAGGGCUGUGAUAGGCUACAAGGACCCCUACUCUGGCAAGAUGAUCUCACUCUUCCAAGCCAUGAAGAAAGGACUGAUCCUGAAAGACCAUGGGAUCCGUUUGCUGGAAGCUCAGAUUGCCACAGGAGGCAUUAUUGAUCCAGAGGAGAGUCACCGCCUGCCUGUGGAAAUGGCAUACAAGAGAGGUCUGUUUGAUGAGGAAAUGAAUGAGAUCCUUCUGGAUCCUAGUGAUGACACAAAGGGGUUCUUUGACCCAAAUACUGAGGAGAACCUGACCUAUCUGCAGCUGAUGGAGAGGUGCAUCACGGACCCAGAAACUGGGCUUUGUCUCCUGCCUUUGAAGGAGAAGAAAAGGGAGAGGAAGACCUCCUCCAAGUCUUCUGUCCGCAAACGCAGGGUGGUGAUAGUUGAUCCAGAGACUGGGAAGGAGAUGUCUGUAUAUGAAGCCUACCGCAAAGGCCUCAUUGACCACCAGACCUAUUUAGAGCUCUCUGAACAGGAGUGUGAAUGGGAAGAGAUCACUAUAUCCUCCUCAGAUGGAGUAGUCAAGUCCAUGAUAAUUGACCGGAGGUCAGGGAGGCAGUAUGAUAUUGAUGAUGCAAUUGCGAAGGGUCUGAUAGACCAGUCUGCCCUGGACCAGUAUCGCUCAGGCACCUUGUCCAUUACGGAGUUUGCAGACAUGUUGUCUGGCAAUAUCAGUGGAUUCCGAUCCAGAUCUUCCUCUGUUGGCUCCUCCUCUUCCUAUCCUGUAAGCCCAGCCCAUGUGAGAGCGCAGUUGACAUCUUGGAGUGACCCCACUGAAGAGACGGGUCCAGUUGCUGGCAUCCUGGACACAGACACCCUAGAGAAAGUAUCCAUCACAGAGGCCAUGCAUCGCAACCUAGUGGACAACAUUACUGGCCAGAGGCUGCUGGAGGCCCAGGCCUGCACUGGUGGGAUCAUUGACCCAAGCUCUGGGGAGAAAUUCUCUGUUGCUGAUGCCGUUAACAAAAGCCUGGUGGAUAAAAUCAUGGUGGAUAGGAUCAACCUUGCUCAGAAGGCUUUCUAUGGCUUUGAGGAUCCGAGAACCAAGACCAAGAUGUCUGCUGCCCAAGCCUUAAAGAAGGGCUGGCUGUACUAUGAGGCUGGCCAGCGAUUCCUGGAAGUGCAGUAUCUGACUGGUGGGCUGAUUGAGCCAGAAGUGGCUGGCCGGGUGCCACUAGAUGAUGCACUGCAGAAGGGCACAAUUGAUGCACGUACAGCCCAGAAGCUGCGGGAUGUAAACACCUAUUCCAAGUACUUGACCUGCCCCAAAACCAAGCUCAAGAUCUCCUACAAGGAUGCCAUGGACAGGAGCAUGACUGAGGAAGGGUCUGGCCUGCGUCUCUUAGAAGCUUCUUCACAGUCCAGCAAAGGGUAUUACAGCCCCUACAACGUCAGUGGCUCCGGCUCCACCUCUGGCUCUCGAUCAGGCUCACGAACAGGUUCCAGAUCAGGCUCAAGGCGAGGGAGUUUUGAUGCUACAGGCUCUGGCUUCUCCAUGUCCUUCUCUUCCUCCUCCUACACGUCUUCAAAUUAUGGCCGCAGAUAUGCAUCUGAUCCAAGCGAUGACAUGGAUGCAGCCAGCAUCAGUUGCACCUUGACCCAUCCAAGUGGGAACUGUGGGUGGGAAGAAAGCAGGAGGCUUCUUGGACUGCAUGGGCAACAGCUGUCCGUGGCAUAAAAUGCCUCCCUCCCGCCUCCAUAAGCCUGAGAUAACUUUUGCAUUUAUCCUGCUCUGCAUGUGGUAAAGCUGCUGGCUAACCCUAUCAUUAUUAUUAUUAUUAGUAUUAUUUUGUAAUGUUUAAAACAGUUUCCUUCCAAAGCAGUGCCUAAAGUUUAACCAAAAAGACUAGACUAAUAUAUUAAUAUAUACGAUUGCUCUGACAGUAUUUGUAUAUUGAGAGAGAGAAGAGAGCCUUUUUGUCAUCCCGUUCCCCCUCAGUUUAGCCAUCCCAGAAGGUUGUUUCUGAUUGCACCAUCUGCAGAGUAGAAUAACCACAGAGGCCUGCUGGGGCCACAACUCGGGCGGAACUUGCCCCUUCCAGUCGCUCCGUCUCCUUACCAGCUAGUGACUUUUUCCAGCGAGCUCCGCCUGCUCCAUCUGCCAAAGGAGACGGCCCUUGUGCCAAGCCUCUAGACCGACUGCCUCCGCAAGCCGCACUUGCCGCCUCCAGGGAGGAGGAGAAGAGCCCCAGGCUGCCCAUGGACUCCAGAGGCAUCCCAUAGCCCCCCUGGGCUGCAGCGAGCUUCCCCCGCCGUUGCCGCAACCAUUCCGUCUUGCUGGCCCUCAGAAGAACCACCACGGAAACCUGCUGUCUGCUCCACAACCGCUUGUUGGCCAGCCUCCCCUCAGCUGCGCAGACUCCGCAAUCAGACCACAUUUUUUCUUAGUCCCACCAAAGAAGCCCCCUUCUCACUGGAAGAACUCCUUAGCUGGUUUUCUGAAGUUAGCAAGUCUUGGACUGGUUCGAGAGGAGGCCUCGAUGCAACAUCUCCUCAGCAGACCUCACUCAUGAAGUGUUGCUGGAUGUCCAUUUCAACUCUUCCCAGUUGCCGUGGAUCUCGUACCAGAGUGUUGGGGCAAGUGGGACAUCACUGAGGAGCCAGGCAGACCCUUCCCCCAUUCCUUUGCAACCACAGUGGAGCAGUUAGUAGCAGCCGUGGCCAGCUGUCUGGGGCCAGUGAUGCAGGGGUAGGGAGGCAGGAGCGACCACAGCCCACCCCUUCUAGGUAGCCUGUCAACAGCCACCUGGAGAAGCUGGAAUUGUCCUCUGCCCAACACAGAUGAGCUGAUCCUCUGGUCCCUGGGAGGUUGAGGCCUCACGGCAGCCCAUUCACAACAAGAACUGCCCUGGAGAAAGGCAGCAUAACACACACUUGUAGGAAUAGUUGCUUGGAUGUUGUGGGCAGGGAAGCAGGCCUUAAGACUCCUCUGGCACUACAAGAAGCCAGCCUGCCUGCAACAGCUCAGAAGCGGCACCCUCCCGCUCCCCCCACCCCUGUGCUCCAGGGCACACCUCCCUCUGCCUCUCUCAGCGGUGCCAUUCCCAGAGUCUGGAAGGUGCCUUGCUCUCUCAUUUAAAGCAAUAAAAGAUGGUGGAGGCAGCCAUGGAGCACAGAUGGCAUCAGUCCUGAGGGUUUUGAAUAGUGCUGGGCCCGUAUCCGUGGGGUCCUCCUUAUGUGCUAGUGUGUCCUUCCCAACUCUUUCCUGUGGAGGCCAAGGAGAUACUCCCGCAGCAACCUUUUCACUCACUCCAGGCAUCUGAAGGCAGUCCGCCAGCCCAUCCUUAUUUGCUCCAUGUGAAUCAAGCCAUCCCAUUCCUUGGCAUUUGUUGUUGUUACAUUAUUAUCUCAUUAUCCAGUUGGUUGUUUUUUGCUUUUGCAUGAUGUAUUAACUUGAGCAAGCCUGUAUCCGUAUUCUGUGUGAGCCAGCGCAGCCUGCUGGGGGCCCUUCCCCUGCUCUCGGGGGGGCCCUGAGCUCCCCUGCUUCCUUCUGCCUGUUUCUGCUCAAAGCAGCAGAGGCUGGCUGAGUUUGUCUCAGACUAAACUGUUCAGAUUCAUCUCUUGUUUUUUGGGGAGGCAGAACACUAAACCAUAACUUGUAAAUACCUUGAAGUGUUUGUAAAAACAUGCAGUAUGGAACCAUGCCCUCUCCACCAGGAGGGCAGUAAAGAAGAUUCUAUGAAA